CCAAAAUAUGGAUUGCUAGUUGCUGUGGCUCUGCCCCUGCGAGCUCCUACUCAUACAACAGCCCCGUAUGCAGUAAGCUAUUUCGACCUGCAAACGACUCGCGUUACGAAUAGCAACUGCUGCUUAAUGAUAACGGCCAACACAAAUAUGAUUGAAAAUGUUUUAUUCCAAAAAAGGAUGCAAAACUUGCAGUGACGCUCGAAUUGCGUUGACCUCAGCGGCCCUGCUCGCCAAACGCAAGGCCCAGCCAACAACGGCACCACAAUUUUUCGAUGCAGAAGCGGAACACAAACAACGGCAGGACCGUCUCUCCAGGGCGGGGCGCAGCCGGGCCUGCGGCUGGCACCUCUGGCCGUGCACGCAAGCCAAGCGACAGCAGCGGCGGUAGCAGCAGUAGCAGCAGCAGCGGGGGCAAGUACCGCUACUGCGUGCUUUCGGGCAACGAGAGUGUGCUUUUGAAGGAGGCUCUGCAGCGGCGCCCAUGGUGGGAGCCGGCCCCGGAGAACAGCGACCGCUGGAACCUGUGGGCCGGCCUCAAUGGCCAGAGGUUUGACCAGUACGACCUGCUGUCGCCCCUUCCGGCAGCUUCCACCAGAGCCCCACUCCCAAUCACAGCAUCCACACUCACAGCAUCCAAAGCAUCCACGGCACCAACAGCAAUCGCAGCAACCGCAGCACCUGCAGCUAGGUCGGCAUCCGGCGCAGCUGCCUCCUCCUCGGGCCGCGGUGCGGGCGGCGGUGCCGCCGCCGCCGCCGCCGCCGACCCCCGCCAGCGGCGUUGUGUGAACCGGCUGCCGGAGCACCGCGUGCUGUGCACCAAGUCGGGCCUGGCCGGCGUGCUGGCGACACUGGUGCAGGCGCAGGGGCAGGGGCAGGGGCAGGGCCAGGGGCUGGGGUCCGCAGCAGGGCGGUCCGUGUCUGCGGGUGCCGCAUCUGCUGAGGGAGGCGGCGGAGGCAGCGGCACAGCGGGGUCGGGCUCGUUGAGCUGGAUUCCCGAGACAUACGUGGUGGCCGCAGGGCCCAAGGCGCCCGCAGCCUCGCCCGCCCUGUCCCGUUUCAAGUCGGCGUUUGCCAAGCACGCGGCGGCGGGGCGGCGGGUGUGGAUCGCCAAGCCCACCAGCCUCAACCGGGGCAACGGCAUCGAGGUGUUCGACAGCCUGGAUCGAAUAUUGGAUCAUAUCAAGACCCGGCCUGCGGGCUCCAACCUCAUACUGCAAAAAUACAUCGAAAACCCCCUGCUGCUGGGCGGUCGCAAGUUCGACAUCCGUGCCUAUGUGCUGGUGGGGCCGCCGCAGCUGGCGGCGGCGGCGCCGGCUGACGCCGGAGGCGGCGGCGAUGGCGGCAGGGCCUCCGGAGCAGCCGCAGCGGCCCCGUACGCCGAGGCAGCUCCAGUGUGGUUCCACCGGGAGGCCUACGUGCGCACCAGUAGCACACCCUACGAUCCAGCCAACCUCGGCAACAGGUCGGCGCAUCUCACGAAUGACGCAGUGCAGAAAACCCUGGACACCUACCACGCGUUUGAGGACCACUGCAAGCUGUCCCUUGCGCAGCUGGGGCCCGAGCUGAUCCGGCAGGCGGGCCAGGGGCCACCGGCCGCGGCAGCGGCGCCAGCCGCCCCCGCCGCCUCGACUUCAUCCGCGGCAGCGGCCCCUGCCCCUGCCCCCGCCGCCUCGACUCCAUCCGCCGCACCGGCCCCUGCCCCUGCCCCCGCCGCUUCGACUCCAUCCGCCGCGCCGGCCCGUGCCCCUGCCCCUGCCCCGGUGCAGCCUGUGCCUGUGCCUUCCGUGCCUGUGCCUGUUCUGGACACGGCGCCGGGCAGUGAGGCGGGGCUGUGGGGCCGCAUGCGGCACUGCGUGGCGGCGCUGCUGGGCGCCAGCGCGCACCUGCUCAACCCGCUGCGGCUGGGCGGGUGCUGGGAGCUGCUGGGGCUGGACUUCAUGUUGGACGACGCGGGCGGCCUGUACCUGAUUGAGGUGAACACCAGUCCUGCGCUGUUUCGCGCCGGCGCCUACCUGUCAGACCUGCUGCCGCGCCUGGUGGAGGAGGUGGUGCAGCGGGCAGUGGACCCGCUAUUCCCGCCGCUGCCGCCGCCGCCUGCUGCAGCUGGUGCUGCGGAGGCUGCUGCGGAGACUGCUGCAAAGGCUGCUGAGGCUGCUGCUGUGGCGGGGCCGGCAGCGGGAGCGGGAGAGGUGGCAGCGGGGGAGCGAGAUGCGGCAGCGGGAGGCAGCAGUGGAGGGAUAGGUGAUGGAGGCAGGGGAGGUAGAGGCAGUAGCACCAUAACGCCACUGGAUGGCUUCGUGCGGGUGGAGCUACUGCCGCCGCCGGCGCCAGGCACGGCGAGAGCGGCAGGUGCUAAUAAGGGAAAUGGGGCGGUCAAGUCGGGAGCGACGACCGCGGCGGCGAAAGGGGCGGGUGGCGACGCAGUUGGAGGGACAGCAGCAGCUGGCAGGCAACUGGCGCAAAGCAGUUCUGGGGCUGCGCGGGGCAGCGCAGCAGGCGGAGGCAGUAGCAAUGGCAGAGCAGCGCAGAACGGCAGCAGCAAAGCAGUGCCGGGGCGGAUGUCACCCGGGCGAGUGUAUGCUGCGGGCACUGCGGGCGCCGGUGCCAGUGCCAAAAGAAAGUGAUGCCGGGUGUUGCUGCGAAAUACUUGCCGUGCAGGGCAUUGCACCGUACCGGUACGGUGAUGCGUCUGCACCGUAUGGUACUACCGUAUGAUGCGUGGUUCGGCGAGAAAGGACCCACUGGGAAAGCCAAUUCCCCGUCACAGUGCCCAUACCUGUACUGCUGCGAUGGUUCCCUCACCCCAGAGUACUGCAAUGGUGGGCAGGUUGGGUGACUCAUAUGUAGCAUGCCUGCUGGGUGGCCAGCGCUGUGAGCGUUAAUUAGCUGUUCUUAUGCGUGCGUGCGGGAUCAGCGGAUGCAUGAGCAUGCACAGGACGCGGAAUGGGGAGACUUUGCAUCUACGCGACUAUCUUGCCUGCUUGGCCUACUUACCAUUACUCAUGAUGCAUUCAGAUGCAUAGAUAGCACGUGUGUACGUGUCCUCGAUGCAAGCGUGCUUUGCGCGGGCGGGUGGGCGGAUGCUGAUGCACAAGAGCACAGCUAUCAGCCAUGAGGAAUAAGAGUGCUGUACGGUAGAGCGCUAGACUACCGUAGUGAUAAAAAGGUUUCGGGACUAAUAUUUUCGGGACAGGGUCGGAUAAUAUAUUUCAAACUAUUCGGGAAAUUAAAUAUUCGGGACGGCCAGCGGCGGUAAUUGCAAAUCUGAUUCAAAGUUUCGGGACUCCGUCCGGACCGCGUCUGGGCUGUCUGGCCUCAGCCAUGCGCGGCCCCACUGCAUGCACGCCCCCACUAUAAGAUUUCGCAAUCCUCAAGUGAGAGACAGCAAACCACAGCCGUUCUACAGCCACACAGCAGACACCAUGCCCGCAUGUGAAUAUGCUGCGCUAAACGGCGCGUACAUGGACUUAGAAUGCUGGCGUGCCAAACCCUGUGCCGCGCGCUGAGACCCUCAUCCCCUGUAAGCGCGCGCAGCGCGCGCUCCGAAAAUAUGAUGUGAUGUGGGGUGAUAUUAUAUUUCGGGACAAGAGCAAUUAAAUAAUUAGUUAAAUAGGUUCGGGACGUUCUCCCGAACUUUGAAACCCGAAACCUUUUUAUCACUACGGUAUCUACUAGGACUCUGGCAGUAAGCUAAACUGAGGACGAUGGGACACCCCGUUGUGUUGCCGAUGCGUCUAGGUAGGCAUGGUCGAAGGACACUGGCUGGGCAACCGUUACGGGUUUGUGUUGGAAACCCGGUGCUGGAAACCCAAUGUUGGAAAUCCAGUGUUGGAAACCCAUUACCGCUUUGUGCGUGUCGUCCAGGAAACCGUGCGUGUGUUGACCACCUUUGUCGAUUGAAGGGGCUUUUGGUAAACCCGCACGACAGACACGUCCGAAGGCCUUCUGUACGCUACAGAUGCGAGCGGUUAUUGCUGUGUAAUUCAUCGUGCGC